GUUGAACUGUUUUAUCAUAACGUUGGUGGCACUGCAUAUUGGUCUUGUGACCACAGAGACAACUGGAAAAGUUUAAGAAGAUAAAAGUUAAAAGUCAUUAAUUUUAAUCGUUUAAAAAAUUUUUAUUAAAUUCGUCAUCGUUUAAUAUCGCCUUCAAACAUGGUGGAAAGGGCAAAUAUUAAAGAAAUUAUCCCAGCGUUACCCGACGAGAAAAUUGAUAUGCUGGCUGCUACGAGUACUCUUCAGCAACAAGCAGCUGAAAUAAGAAAUCAAAGAAUCAAUUGGCAGUCAUAUUUACAAUCACAAAUGAUACCUAAAGAAGAUUAUGAUUUCAUAGUAGCUUUUGAUACAAGCGAUGCUAAUGUUCGGGAAGCAAAACUGAAGGAAAAUCCACACCAAGCUGCUAAGACUUUUCUCAAUCUUCUUGAUCAUAUUUCAAAAGAACAAACUACACAGUAUAUUCUUACAAUGAUAGAUGAUAUGCUUCAGGAAGAUCGUAGUCGCGUUGAAAUAUUCCGAGAACAUUCUUCACGUAAACGAGAAUCAGUUUGGGGACCAUUCCUUAAUUUAUUAAAUAGGCAAGAUGGUUUUAUAAUAAAUAUGACUUCUCGUAUUAUAGCAAAGUUAGCUUGUUGGAGUCAUGAAUUAAUGGAAAAAACUGAUCUCCAAUUUUAUCUAACUUGGCUGAAAGAUCAACUUAGACUGAGCUUUGAAGCUCUUCAGGAGACAGAUUUGCAUGCAGAAGUAAUGCAGGAUACUUCUAUGGAGGAGGCAGGGGAGACCAAUGAACUGCACGAAUUACAUAAUCCGAAUAAUGAAUAUAUUCAGUCUGUUGGACGGUGUCUUCAAAUGAUGUUGCGUGUAGAUGAAUACCGUUUUGCAUUUGUUUCUGUUGAUGGAAUUUCAACACUUUUGAGCGUUCUGUCUGGCAGAGUAAACUUCCAAGUACAAUAUCAACUUAUUUUCUGUCUAUGGGUACUAACAUUUAAUCCAUUGCUCGCAGAAAAAAUGAAUAAAUUUAAUGUUAUACCCAUUCUUGCGGAUAUAUUGAGUGAUUCCGUUAAAGAAAAAGUGACACGAAUUAUUCUCGCAGUAUUUAGGAAUCUUAUCGAAAAAGUUGAGGAUGGUCAAGUAGCCAAGGAACAUUGCAUUGCAAUGGUUCAAUGUAAAGUAUUGAAACAAUUAUCUAUUCUAUCGCAACGUAAAUUCGACGACGAGGAUAUCACGGAUGAUAUAGAGUUUUUGAAUGAUAAAUUACAAGCAUCUGUACAAGAUUUAAGUUCAUUUGAUGAAUAUUCUACGGAAGUUAAAUCUGGACGUCUCGAAUGGUCACCUGUUCAUAAAUCUGGAAAAUUCUGGCGAGAAAAUGCUAGUAGAUUAAAUGAAAAGAAUUAUGAACUUUUACGAAUCUUAGUUCAUAUAUUGGAAACAAGUAAAGAUGCUCUUGUUUUAAGCGUUGCUAGUUUUGAUAUUGGAGAGUAUGUGCGUCAUUAUCCACGAGGAAAACAUAUUAUUGAACAAUUGGGUGGUAAACAACGAGUAAUGCAAUUGUUGAGUCAUGAGGAUCCAAAUGUAAGAUAUGAGGCUCUUCUUGCUGUUCAAAAACUUAUGGUGCACAAUUGGGAAUAUUUAGGAAAACAGUUAGAAAAAGAAACUGGAGCAACGGGCAGUAAAUCUGGAACAACGGGAAGUAAAUCUGGAACACAAGUUCCUGCUAAGGCUUAAUAAUAUUUUGUUAUAGUUAGUAGCCUCUUGGAUAAGCAAUUAUAUAAAUGCUUACGCCUUUACUAAAUAUUGAUUAUGUACGUGUUCAGACGAUAUAUAAUAAUUUAUAAUCUAUAUAGAUUGAUAUCACACUGUGUAUUAAUAUUAUGUACAAAAAAAAAAACAUAAUUU